AUGCCCAACACCUCAUCCUCGAAAAAGCACGGUCAAGAUCAGCCUGAAUUUAGUGGUCCCGUCCCUGUAUCUCUCCGAACCAAAAUGGGUAAAUCCGAAGACAACGAUAAGAAGAAUUCAAGUAAGAAAGUCAAAGAUGUAGAAAUAAGUGUUCCAAUAGUGUAUGGGAACAUAGCAUUUUGGCUUGGCAAAAAAGCUAGUGAGUAUCAAUCGCAUAAAUGGACUAUAUAUGUUCGUGGAGCAUCCAACGAGGACCUGGGGGUUAUUGUAAAGCGUGCUGUUUUUCAGUUGCAUACUAGUUUCAAUAAUCCCACAAGGGUUGUGGAUGCACCUCCUUUUGAGUUGUCUGAGGCAGGAUGGGGAGAAUUUGAAAUUGCAAUUACACUUUAUUUCCAUAGUGAUGUUUGCGACAAGCCUUUGAACUUAUAUCAUCACUUGAAGUUGUAUCCAGAGGAUGAAAACAGUUCCAUGUCCACAAAGAAGCCUCUUGUUGUGGAAUCUUAUGAUGAGGUAGUUUUCCCCGAUCCCUCCGAAGCUUUCUUAGCUCGUCUGCAGAAUCACCCAGUUGUGAACUGGCCAAGAUUACCUCCUGGGCUUACCUUACCUCCUCCUAUUCCAGUUGAAGAUGCAAGUAAAAGGAGGAGAGGCGAUACCAAAGAUAAUCCCUUAAGCCAAUGGUUCCUGAAUUUCUCAGAAGCAGAUGAACUCUUACAGCUUGCAGCAGCUCGUCAGCAGGUUCAAGCUCAUAUCUCAAAACUGAAACGACAUAUAACUUCGAUAGAUGGACAACACAAGCAGCAGCAGCUUAAAUCAUCUCCUGACCAAUAG